CAAAACGCGUCAAAGCUUUGAGAUGGAGCUCAAUGCAGAGCAGGACCGAGCAGCCAUUAUGAUGUGUUUUUAAAAGACUUAAUUUAGCCGAGCAGGAUCAGAAAUAUUAAAUUAGGGCACAUCAUUCUCAGUAAGCAAACGAAAAAAUGACACAGAACCGCCCACAUUAAUUUGCUUCAAUUUAUUUAACACCAGUAAUGAAAUAUGAUGGGUAACAUACAUAAUUAGGUUGGUUAAUUAAUAGGGUGUAUUAAGAAAACGUUUCGAAAUGGAAAUUGUGAUGUAUAAAUACAGUAAAUGUCACUUUUUGUUUUUUUAAAAGGCGUUAUUUUGUGAAUCAUCUCUGUAGACUUUCUCCAAAUAUGAACCAAAAUCAUAAAACAACACCAAACAAAAAAAAAGGGUCAUUAGUGUGUAUUUAGUCGCAGGUAAUAUCCUUAAUUAGAUGCAAUGAAAAGGGAACAAAACAAAACGAAAAACACAAAAGACAUGAUUCCCUCAUGCCUCUUGGUGUUUACUGACACAUUGUUAAACCCUCUUCAGUCAAAUGAAAUGUCACUGCUGGAGGCAACGGGUCAAAACACCGCUCUUUGUCCACAUUAACGAUAUCAUCGAUGUCUUAUUUUUAAAAAAAAAAAAAUAACACCAUGCACAUACUGUAUUUGUGUUUUACUGUGUGGUUAAGUCCAGUUUUUAAAUCACAAGUCGCCUUUUUUGAAUUUCCGGGAAGAGGGAAGGAAAAAAAAUCAGCAGACAGAUUAAAUAUCACACAGAGCUGAGUUGAUCGGUCCUCUCAGGGUGUCUUUGUCCAGGUGAAAUGAAAUCCGUGUGUCCUUUUUGGGUCUCUUUUCACCGCUCGGUGGCUCGGUGCUGAGACUCUGACAGUGCGCAAAUUAACGUGACGCUUUGCAGAACAGCUGCAGGUCCAGCCCGUCCAUGAGGGUCCAAGCCUUGUCUUAUAGCGCUGUUAUCAAGGGGCCUCCAAUUAAAGCCAACACAACUUCAUGGUGGGGGGGUGGUAGGGAGAAGGGAGGGAGGAUGGAGAGGAGGAGGAGGAGGAGGAGGAGGCUGAGGGGGGUGUACUGCACAUGAUAAUGUAACACGUCUUGAGAUGAAGCAUCCACACCUGCAAACCCCCCAGAGCCUCGGUAAAUCUAUUAAUGGGACCAGAGCCGAGCCACAAGACUCCAGCCGAGCCAGUGUGUCUAUAUGGCACAAAAAAAAAAAAAAAUCUCCAGCCAUCGACCUUGCACAGACCAGAGCUCGUUAUCCGGCUUUCAGCUGUAAAGGCUCGUGUUGUGUUAGUCAAAAUACAGACCUUGAGCUGCCUCGUUUUGGUUUGUUGUCACCAUAUUUGGCCCGUGCGUUGGACAGUUAAACCAUUCAGGCUUAUUUGCGUAACAGAGUUUUCACACCCUUUAAAACUGACACGCACAUCUUUAUUGUAGCUUCCAUGGAUUAUAUUAACAUACAGGGAACGUGGAUUUCUGAAAAUAAUCCAACAACUGCUGGUGAUUUCCCUCCUUAUGUAUCUGCUUGUUGCAUAUAAGAUAAAUAAAAUAUGUUUCUAGCUGCGAUCGAGUCAACUCUCCUGCAGCUUUACAAGAAUUUUGGCCUAAUUCAAGAGACGGAGAAAAGACAAGGGGCGUGUUAAUAGAUGCUCGGCAGGGAAUAAAUCCUGCUUCAGAUGAGCAUUUAAUGGAGGAAAAAAAAGAUCUUGCACUGAAAAGAUUGUAUAUAUGUUUUAAAAAGCUGCCUCAUGGCCUCAUCAUAUUAUCUAUAGAGAUGAAGAAAAAUAGAUAAACAAGCUGGUGUGUGAUGGUGUGAUGUGAGUAAAUAGGAUGUAACGGCGUAGGAUGCUUUUAUUUUUAAACCAAAUCUCAUUCAGUUGUGUUAAAAAAAAUCCUUGUCUUCCAAAUUGUUUAAUACAAUCUGUCCCCGCCCUCUAGCCUAUCACUGAUCACUGCCCCGCCCCAAACAAUACAUUUAUGACACACACACGCGCACACACACGCACGCUCUGAGCCUAUUAUGUUAUUUUUAAACAACCAAACACUUGAUAAACAGUGAAUUAAACCUCCAAAUCUGAAGUUUUGAAAAUGCAGAAGCUCAAAAUUAAACAAAUUAAAAUGUCUUCAUGUAAGAAAAUCAGUCAUCCUUAUUUCUGACCCUUAUAAUAAAACCCCAGAGGAGUUUAUUAUACUUUAGGUGGUUAUUACUUCUUUAAGACGUGCUAAAUAAAUAAAAUAUUUGCACUCAAUUUACCCCAUAAGCCCAUUUCAGCUUUAUGCAACUUCUGACUACACUCCAGCAUCCUCUCCUGCAAAUGGGGGUAUAAAAGUAAUGAAAAUGUCAGUACCAUAAAGUAGUGGUCCUUCGCGCAGCCAGAACCGGGAGUUUUUGAGGGAAGAGUGACAGCUCUUUGUUGCUGAAUAGAAAUCAGCGGCGAUGGAGAGAGAGAGAGGGAUUGAGGGAGAGACACCGAGCGAGAGAGAGAGAGAGGCAGAGAGAGAGAGGGGAACUCCUCCUACCAAAUUAUUCAGACUGGGCAGGCUUUGCUCUCUUCACAAAUAGGACACGGUGCUCAAAUCCAGGCAGUCCCAACCUGACCUCCAAGCACCAAGGAACCCCUGACUGGGAUAUCGGGAGAGAGAGAGAGAGAGAGAGAGAGAGAGAGAGAAAUCACCAAAAAGAAACAACAACAGAAAAAAAAAACUUUGUGUCAUUAUUUUUGGCGAGUGUUCACACUGUAGCCCCCUCCCCUCCUCCCUCCCCAACACCACCACCACCACUUCCACACCGGUUUGUCGCGUCAUUUGGACUAUAUAUUUUUUCUGGAGGAGAGACAUUCACGGGAAGAAGGAAAAAGCUGGUGCACCACCACCACCACCUCCUUCAGUCCCACCCAUGUUGUAGUUUCUUCGUUCUUCUUUUUUUCUUCGAGUUGCCUUUGCACUCUGGCGAGGAGGUGAUCUGAAUCUCUGGGGUUGUGUUGUUGUUGUUUUUUUUGUGUGCGUGCCUCUCUCAGAGCCUCAGAGCCCAUUUGGAUGCGCUGAGAGAGCGGGGCGCAGCGCUGCAGUACAGUAUAUGGAAGUUGUGGGCUGCAAGACAGAGGCAGGCAGUUGCACGUUGCGUCCAGGACCGGGAGCCAUGCUUUUCCACGGGAUCUCCGGGGAUCACAUCCAAGGGAUCAUGGAGGAGAUGGAGAGAAGGUCGAAAACGGAGUCGCGCCUGGCGAAGGGCAUGCAGCUGAACGGGAGAGAGUCGACCAUGCCUUCCAUGAGCCCGGAGAAGCCUGCUCUGUGUGCCGGCUGUGGCGGCAAGAUUUCGGAUAGAUACUACCUCCUGGCCGUGGACAAACAGUGGCACCUGCGGUGUCUCAAAUGCUGUGAAUGUAAACUAGCGCUGGAGUCGGAGCUAACGUGUUUUGCCAAGGAUGGGAGUAUCUAUUGCAAAGAGGAUUACUACAGAAGGUUCUCAGUGCAGAGGUGCGCGCGCUGCCACCUCGGGAUAUCGGCCUCGGAGAUGGUGAUGCGGGCGCGCGACUCCGUGUACCACCUGAGCUGCUUCACGUGCACCACUUGCAACAAGACGCUGACCACUGGCGACCACUUCGGCAUGAAGGACAGCCUGGUGUACUGCCGGCUCCACUUCGAGACGCUGGUGCAGGGACCGGACUACCACCAGCAGCUCAACUUCGCCGAGCUGGCGGCCAAGGGCGGCGGCCUCACCCUACCCUACUUCAACGGCACCGGGACGGCGCAGAAGGGAAGGCCGCGCAAGAGGAAGAGCCCGGCGAUGGGGAUAGAUAUACCCAGCUACAACACAGGCUGUAAUGAGAACGACACCGAUCACUUGGACCGGGACCAGCAGGCCUACGCUCCAACACAGAAGACCAAACGCAUGCGGACCUCCUUCAAGCACCAUCAGCUGCGGACAAUGAAAUCCUACUUUGCCAUCAACCACAACCCAGAUGCCAAGGACUUAAAGCAGCUGGCCCAGAAAACAGGCCUCACUAAGAGAGUUCUACAGGGAGAACAAAUCUUGGGGCAUUACAGCCAUACAUCCCGACGUUUGAAAAUUCCCUAAAGUAUUAACAGAAGGGGAAAACUUUGAUGGGAAUUCCUCACCAUUGAAGACAAAGACAAUAUUAGGAUAAGAUGAUAGCAUAUUGAGAACAAAUAAACAACCAACAUAAAACCUGUUUUAGUUGCAAAUGUACAACAGACGAUUUUUUAAAUCAAAAGUUUGUCCUGAAUGUUUGAAUCCAUCAACGGAGGAGACCCCACAAUGUAUGAUAUUUAUGAUAUCAAUGUGAAAAAAAAAUCUGUAUUGGAAUGGUAAAUGCACAAAACUGAUGAUAAAAUGUAUUGUAACAUAGUAAAACAAAAAAAACAAAAAACUCACAGAAAGGCACAGGAUGUGAUUAAAAGACAGCAGGCAUCCAACAUGACAACAGUGUGAAACACAGACGGUAUGGAUGUUAUUGGUACGAACACACACACACGCACACACACACUAGACACAACCUUUCUCCCACUGCCUUGCUCCUAUGUAAGCACAAUAUACACAUUCCCACAAUCUUUGUUCUCCAACACACACACACACACACACACACACACACACACACACACACACACACUGUUACACACACACAGACACACGAAUGCACACACGCUGCUGCCCCCAUGCACCCCACCCAAGAAUCAGCUUGCUAAAUAGAAGUUUUCUUUUGUCACAAGUGUCAUUUCGUAAACACAUGGCCUCCUUGAAACUCGGCAGCAGGAUGCCCAUCAAAUAUGAUGAGUGUAUGAAGAGGACUGCAGAGCUGGAGCUUUGCCAUCUGGCUGUACCGAGGGAAGGAAGUGAAAAAAACAAAGCAGAUAAAGAAGAGAUUCUCAUUUUGCAUGCGCCUCAUCAUCUUGUUAACAUUUUCCUUGAGAUGUAUAUUAUUUCCUUUGAUUCAUUGUAUGAUUCAUUGUCAGCUGCAAAAUAAAGCGUAUGAAAAUGA